AUGACUGAAGAGGAUAUCUCUGCAGAUAAUAUUUUCUUAACCAGGCAAAAUAGAGUCCCAACAACAUUUGAAAUCAAGUACCUUGAGAAGUUUGGGCAAAAAGGCGAUACAAGAAUCGGAUUACCCGGCCUUAGUCCAGAAUUAGUCGAUAAGAAUGCUGAAAUGGAACAGAUUGAUAAAGAACUUGAAGAAGCAAGGUUAAAAUUCGAAACUUGGAAAACAAAUCUUCAAGUUAAAAAGAAAGAGAUCGAAGUCAAGAAGGAAAAGCUUGCUGAUCAAAAAAGACAACUUGAUAUGUUUACAGUAGUUCAUACAGCCGAACUUAAGAAAUGCAAGGAGCGUGAAAAAUCAGAGAACCAACAAAUUGCAAAGAUGGAAUCUGAGUUAGAGCAAUUAACAAUUAAAGAAAAAGAACUUAAACUUCAAAACGAAAAACUUGUUGCCGAACUUCAAAAAUUACAACCUUGUGCAGAUUAUUUGCAAAAUGUAGUUACAAAAAGUAUUUUUACAUUUGAUAAUAUCGAAGCCAUUCUUAACAGAUAUUCAGUUCUUUCAGUUACUCGUGCAGAAUACUUAGAAACUUAUCAACAAUUGCUUGCACAGAUGGGUAUAAAAGAAAGAGAAGCUGAGAAACAAUUACUUCAUGAAAAGAAUCUUCUUAUUGAUGCCACAAUGAAAUACAAUGAUGGAAUUAUGAAUAUUGAACAAGUUAAGAAAAAUAAUGAAUAUGAAAAGGCAAAAGCAAUUAAACAAGUUCAAAGAGUUGAAGAAAAGAAUGUAGAGUUAGCAAUGAUUAAGACAUCAAUCAAUGCUAUCUAUCAACGCGCUGUAGAAAAAGCUAUCGGCCAUAAUGAAACUGUUAAGCCGAAAGAAGGCGUUUCAAUGGAAGAUCUGAAGUUGCAGUAUAUUCAAAAUAGGUUUACAGACCUUCAAAUCGUAAUUGAUGAAUGGAAGAAAGAAGGUCAUUAA